AAAGUGUAGCCCAAAGUGUAGCGACAUGCGGCGAUCCAAUGAAGAAAGCAACAGAAUCUGGCGCAAACAAAAUGCAGAAAAUUGGAGAGCUUUCCAAGCUGAAACAGAACGAAUGCAGGAGGCAUUUCGACGUGUCAAAAUUGAACUUCAGCCACAAGCAGCAGAUCUUCAAAGGCAGAAUAAGAAUAUUCCAGCUCCAGCACUCGGGGGGCAAGUUAAUCUGCCACAGCCACCUCCCCAGAUUCAGCAAGCAGCAGGUAGACCAGUGCAGCCAGAUCCUGUUGAGGUUGCACCACGUGUGGCAGAUCUGGGUAAUCACCAGCAUCCCAGAUAUCUGCCACCUCCACGCCGACCAAAUGGAGGACAUCAACAACAUAAUGCACCUCCACCAAGGGAGCAUUUCCAGCCAUAUGUGCCACCCGUGCAGCAAAAUCUUCAAAAUCUGCCAGGAUAUUCUACCGCAGUGAGCCAGAAGUGUCCAUGGCAGAUUUAUCUCGUCUGGUGCAGCGACCUGGAGAAACUUCUGAGGCCUUUCUGGCCAGAUUUCAGAAGGCCAGACCUAAGUGUAGAGUUGCCCUGCCAGAAUAGGAAUUUGUCAAGCUGGCGCAAAAUGGUGGCUCGUUAUGAGAAUUUAUUGCGAGAGGACACACAAAGGAAAUCUGCAUCUCAUGGGACGUAUUAUGGUGAUGCCAACUUUGAUCUGGAUGUAGCAGAAGUGGUGGCAGACAAGCCAGUUGUUUGCCCAGAUUUGGUUAAAGUGGCCCAGCAGACCGACAGAAUAAAUAAAAUCGACAAGGGAAUUCUGCGUUUUCCAGACAAGGCCAAAGAAACUAUGGGAGUUGAUGCAGAUCCAUUCCCUACCAUGUCUGUUGGGGUGAACGCGGCAGAUCUCAGGAGCAUUGCCAGGGACAGAACUCAGACAUACUAUAGGCGCAAACUUGCAGCUAAUGAUCUGAGGUGGAUCAUUGAGGAGGCCAGGACCCGUAGAAAUCAGUUCAGAUCAGGUUCAUACCGAAGGAGACAACCCAGGGGGUACAACUCAACUCAACAGAAAAAUAAUGCAAAUCAGGGAACUGCGAUAUCUCGACGCGCAAAAAAGUCCAGAAUGGUGAAACCACCACCCAGAUCUCCAACCAAAUGGUGGGAACGUGUGGUGCAUCCAAAAUUUCCUAAGGGUCAAAACCCAAGGACCUUGAGGAGGCGUUUACAACACAAAAGGGCUGCAGAAAGACACCAACAGCAGAUUACAGACUCGGGGGGCAUGGCAGAUCAGGCACAGCUGCUCCCAGCAAGAAGAAAAUCAGUGUGGGUCCAUAAAGAAAAAGGGAGUUCAUCUUGUCAGAAUUCUCCAGAAAAGGAAGAACCACCCAGAAUUCCAACAUCACCUCGAGUUCUGGCUGUGGAAUCCAAUGAAGAAACUGGUUUGAAGGCGAAGUUUGACGUGUCAGAUAAAGCAAAAAAUUCAUCAGGUGUAAUCUGUUUUGGUGAAUUUUUCGUGAAUUUAUCUUGCUUGGUGAUCACUCUUCCUUUGGUCUUUCAAGCAAGAGAGCAGCCAGAAUCUGCAGUCUGUCACCAGACAGAUUUGACUGAGGAAGAAGAAGUCAUUGAGAUCCCAGCUAAGGAAGAGGGUGGCAUGGAUUCAGCAGAUAAAAUCAUUUUCGAAAAACCAGAAGAGAGAAUGGCCAAGCACAUCAGGCCAUUAUACAUUCAAGCACAUCUGGAUGGUAUGCCAAUAAAUCGAGUUCUGGUUGAUAGUGGAGCAGCUGUCAAUGUUUUGCCAACUUGUAUUCUGCACAAGAUUGGCAAAUCUUUGGGUGAUUUAAUGGAGACAGAAGUGACAAUCAGUGACUUUACUGGUGGAGUAAAUCGCUCAAGGGGAAUUCUGCGGGUGGAGCUGACUGUUGGGAAUAGAACUCUUAUGUGUGCAUUCUUUGUGGUUGACACCAUUGCCACUUAUAAUGCAUUGCUUGGGAGAGAUUGGAUACAUUCCAGCUGGUGCGUUCCUUCAACUCUGCAUCAGAAAUUAAUAUUCUGGAAUGGUGGCAGAACUGAAGUCGUGACAGCAGAUGACAGGCCGUUCGUGGCAAGUACCAAUGCAGGGGAAGCUCGUUAUUAUGAUGAAGAUAUUGGGACUAUCUGUUUCUUUGGGAUGGACCGCUAUGGCAGACCUUCUGGAAUUACUGCUUGCACCAGAUCUGCAAUGGACAGUCAAACUGUGAAGGAUGUGUGUUAUGAACUAUUUCGGCCUAUAGCAAUCGUUCCUUUUAGGUCGAGGGAGGAACCUGAAAUCGAAGAAGAAGAUUUGAAGGAUCAGAUAACACUAGAGGAAUUAGAUCUAGCACUAGCAAAACUUGAUGAUCUGAAGGCAGAAGUACAAGAUCCCCUUUUGGCGUUUCUGCUGGAAAUUUUCUGGGAUAUCUGGUGCAUGAGCGAGGUCUGGAAGUGGAUCAGAACAAGGCAAGGAAAAACCAGAGUUUUUUCGCCACUGCUGAAGCUGAAAUCAAAAGUAGAUUUCAAAUGGGAGAAACACCAUCAGACCGCCUUUGAGGAAAUAAAGCAUUAUUUAUCAAAGCCGCCGAUCUUAGUGCCUCCUUUAAGAGGCAAACCUUUGAUUUUGUACAUAUCUGCCGCAGAUGAAUCUAUAGGUUGUCUGCUGGCUCAAGAAAAUAGUAAAAAGCACGAACAAGCUGUUUAUUAUUUAAGUCGAAGUCUGUCACAGACCGAAGUGAAAUAUUCUUCGGUCGAAAAAUUAUGUCUUGCUUUGUUUUUUGCUGCAAUAAAAUUGAGGCAUUAUUUGCUUUAUUCCGAGGUUUAUGUUAUUUCGAAAAUUGAUGUGAUAAAGUACAUGUUGUCUCGACCACUGUUGAGAGGCAGAAUUGGAAAAUGGGUUCUGGCUUUGUCAGAAUUCAACCUGAAGUACAUGCUUGAAAAAGCUGUCAAGGGCACAGAUUCCAUGUUUGGAGCAGGAAUUAUUAUUAUUUCUCCAGCUGGCUUGAAAACCCAGAUGUCAUUUCAGCUAGAUUUCAAUUGCACCAACAACCAAGCUGAAUAUGAGGCGCUAAUUAUUGGGCUGGAAGUGUUGGUAGAGCUCAAGCUCUUGGAGGAGUUUGAUGAUGUAAUCUUGAGGCAUGUUACUCGAGAUCUGAACACAGAGGCAAAUGAGAUGGCACAAAUCGCCUCGGGCUUAAAAAUCCCAGAAGGCGUGAUGAGUAGAAUUGUUGUUGUGGAAAAACGAAUUCUGCCAUCUAUUCACAUGCGUGGUAUGGCAAUUUCUGCUUGUUCCAUAGACAUAACCCAGACAGAUUGGCGCUAUCCGAUCAUGGAAUACCUCAAAAAUCCAAAUUUUAAGGCCUCAAGAAGAACAAAAAUGCAGGCCUUGAAUUAUGUUCUGUUGGAAGGUGUUCUUUAUAGAAGAGGACAUGAUGAAUUACUCUUGCGCUGUCUUGGUCCAGAUGAGUACUGCCAGAGAGUUCCAGCGUCAGAACUCCAUCCAAUUGUCAAACCAUGGCCAUUUCGAGGAUGGGCCAUAGAUUUGAUCGGUAAAGUUUAUCCUCCUUCAACUAGAGGGCAUUCUUUUAUUAUUGUUGCCACAGAUUACUUUACCAAGUGGGUGGAAGCAAAGCCAAUGAAGAAGGUUGAUCAGACCGAUAUUAUUAAAUUUCUUAAGGAAGAAAUCAUUUACAGAUUCGGUUUGCCAGAAACGGUGACUUCAGAUCAGGGGACAGUUUUUGUUGGUGCACAAGUGGAGGCAUUUGCAAAAGAAAUGGGAUUUAGGUUACUCACUUCAACCCCUCAUUAUGCUCAAGCUGAAGCUUCCAACAGAAUUGUGAUAAAUUUGCUGGAAAAAAUGGUUGAUGAUAAUCCAAGGUGUUGGCAUGAGCUGUUAUCUGACACAAUCUGGGCUUACAGAACCUCACAAAGGAGUUCUACCAAGGUAACUCCAUUCUCUUUAACUUAUGGACAUGAUGCUGUUCUGCCCAUGGAGUUGUCUGCCAGAUCAUUGCGUAUAGCAAUUCAACAUGGUCUCACAUCUGGAGAAUAUAAUGAAGCAAUGAUUCUAGAGUUAGAAGACCUUGAAGAAGGGGAUCUGGUGUGGAAAGUAAUUCUGCCACCUGGAAAGAAAGAUCCCAGAUUUGGGAAAUGGUCUCCAAAUUGGGAAGGACCAUUUCGUAUACAUGAAGUGCUUAGAGGAGGAGCAUAUUGGCUUGAAUCAUUAAAUGAAGAGCUACAUCCUCGAAAAAUAAAUGGAAUCUACCUUAAGCCUUACUAUCCUAUGAUAUGGGAGGCUAGAGGUUUGGAUACCAUUGAUCCUACCUGAGACAGAUUGGAGGAAGGAUUUGUAUAGUAUUUUAAUUCAUUGUUUUUAAGCAUUUUAUCAUUCAAUAAAAGUGUUGAGCCGAA